UGUGAAGUCCACUCCUCUCCAACACUGACUCUUCUUUUUGUGGGACAGGCGAGGACGCGGACACAGAGUCAGGAAAAGGAAGUCCUCUGCCAGACGGGUCCAUGGCGUCCUGCGCUAAAGAGAUGGCUCUGCUGGACCUGAUGGAGAAGACCGGCUACGAUAUGGUCCAACAGAACGGACAGAGGAAGUUCGGAGGACCCCCGCCAGGUAUUUUAUAGAUGUAGUUCAGUCACAGGUGUAGGGGGGGAUCAGCUGUAUUUAAAGCCUGUCUCUGUAUAUCAGGUUGGGAGGGUCCGCCCCCCCCGCGCGGCUGCGAAGUCUUCGUGGGUAAGAUCCCCAGAGACAUGUACGAGGACAAGCUGGUGCCGCUGUUUGAGAGAGCGGGCAAAAUCUACGAGUUCAGACUGAUGAUGGAGUUCAGCGGGGAGAACCGGGGCUACGCCUUCGUCAUGUACACCAACAGGUGACCGCGGGGUCAGGGGUCGGGGUUCGGGGUCAAAAUCACUGAGAUCAACAAAACAAAGCGUGAACGUCCUUGUCUCUGAUUUUUGACGGACGCUCAGGGAGGCGGCUCAGAGAGCGAUCCAGAUGUUGGACAACUACGAGAUCUGCCCGGGGAAGUUCAUCGGCGUGUGCGUGAGUCUGGAUAACUGCCGCCUCUUCAUCAGCUCCAUCCCCAAAGACAAGGGGAAGGCGGAGAUCAUGGAGGAGAUGAAGAAGGUAAAUAAAAAACCACACACACACCUGAGGGGAACAUACGAGAAACAGAUUAGACAUGACUGACAGGAACAACAACAACAACAGGUCAACACGGAGCCGAGAACACCUGCUCCUCGUUCUGUAAAUCUGACAGCUCGUCUAUACGGGGAGAGAAUUAAAGCGUGGAGCGAGCUAAUUGGGCCGAGGCAGCGCGGCAUGGCGGCCCGGUCUCAGGACUUCCUCUGAAUACCUAACGAAGAGUCGUACACUGACAGAGAAUAAAUGAAUCUGUAAAAGGGUUUCAGAAAACUUUAAUUAAAGAGAGGAAAAAGUGAAAUAAACUUGAGGAAGAGCGAGAAAGGAAAGUUCAUCAAUGAAGGGCGUGGACUCUUUGGGAUUCUGUGAUUACUCUGACAACUACAGCCUCCUCUGUGUGUGUUUCUGUGUCUCAGGUCUCGGACGGCGUGGUGGAUGUGAUCCUGUAUCCCAGCUCCACUGAUAAAAGCAAAAAUCGAGGAUUCGCCUUCGUAGAGUACGAUUCUCACAAAGCCGCCGCCAUCGCCAGGAGGAAACUCAUCCCUGGUAUUCCCUCCUCUACUCUUCCUCCUCUCUCUCUUCUUCUCUUUAUCCCCCUUUUCUUCACUUCUCCUCCUUCAUCUUCCCAUAAAGAUAUUUUCUUUAUUUUGUCUUUCCUCACUCCUUUCUUCCUCCUUCUCUGUAUCCUCCUUUUUUUUCACUCUACUCCUCUUUUUGCUCCUCUCUCCAUCCUCCUGUUCAGUCUCCUUUUUCUACUCCCACUCCUGACCCCCUAACCUUUCCUCAUCCUGCUCUUCUUCACUUAUUUUCAUCCUCCCCCUCCUUAUACUGUUCCCACUCUGUUUUAGGGAUGGGAAUCGAGAACCGGUUCCAAAUGGUUCAAUCCGUCGACAUCAUUUACAUUUUAUCUUCACGAUUCGUUUCUUCCCUCAUAAUUUCACACAGAAGUCCGCCCCGCGCAGUAGUGUCCUCAGAAUAUGGUCACCCUAACGUAUGUCCUGUUUUAACAUAAACACAAUUCAGAAAUUCUCUUCAAAUAUCAUUUUUGUUUGAUUUUUUGAGACUCUCACUGAAGGUGGCGCACACCUUUUUCUCUUAUCAGAGACUCAAUAACAUUUUGAGUUAACUCUUUUUUUAAUCCAAGAUAGGCAUCGAUAAGGGAAUCGUUAAAGAAUCGAAUCAAUAAGCAGAAUCGAUAAUGGCAUCAAUAUCGAUAAAAUCUUAUCAAUUCCCAUCCCUACUCUUUUCCGUCCUUCCUUCCUUUCCUGUACCCUUUCUUAAUUCUUACCUUAUUUCCUCAUUUAUGUCCUUUUCAUACCCUUUCUUCGCAUUCACCAUCCUCCCUUCCUACUCCUCUUUCUCUUCCUCCUCUCUUUGUCUCCCUCGACUUUCUCAUUUCUCUUUUCUGUUUACUCCUCCUCUUGUUUUUCUCUUCCUCCUAAACUCUACAUUCUCCUUCCUCUCCUGUAUUUGUCCAGCAGGGGGAGCUAGAGGACAGCAGAGUUCAGCUCCACAUUCGCUCCUGAAAACUGAUUCAGGGUCUGGGAUUGUGAACAGACACAUUUUUCAAACAAUCCGGGGUUUGAACUCGUAGAUCGAAUCAUUUUUUUAGAUGUCUUCACACCCUUUCAACGCUGUGAGAGAAUAUCCAACCAGCAGCUUUCGUAAAAGAAUUUUAAAUCAACAUUUCGAUCACUGUUGGCAGCUCUGAAUAAGACGAGGGGUUAUAAAGUCCUCCUGAAUCGUUCAGUCCAAGAGUUUGAGCACCGACAGUGUUUCCCCCGCGAUGGACAAUAACUCACAGAUCCUAAUACUAGGCACGCGCACGUUUGUAUACUGAUACGAGUCCAAGAUAGAGCCACGUGAGAAAACACCUCUUUUAACCCAUGAAGACCUGAACCCUGUCUGAGACUCUGAAAUCCUGAGAAGGGGCCCCCAGAUCCUGAGGGUUGUCGUUGUCUUGUUUUCUCCUCAGGAGCCUUACAGCUGUGGGGUCACAAUAUCCAGGUGGACUGGGCCGAGCCGGAGAAGGAAGUGGACGAGGAGGUCAUGCAGCGUGUCAGAGUCCUUUACGUGAGUCAGAACUGAAGAGGAUCUGCUGUUUUAUCAAAGAGGCGGAUCAGGGACGGGAAGAGUCUGUAGUUUUUUAUAGAGUUUGAACUCCGGCCCACAGGGUCAACCUUUAAAAAACCUUUAAAUCCGAGUCUGUAAAGGUUUCAGAGGUCAGGUUCCUCCAGACUGAGAGGAGUCAGCAUUUUAGGGAGAGACUUCAGAGAUCUUCUACUCAGAUCAGAGGUGAGAGAGAGCAGCCAGGAGCUGCAGGUCUCUGAGGAUCAAUUAGAGAGAGUCUUAGAGGGCAGACCUGAGGGCAACCGAGACGAACCUGAAAACACCUGAGAGAGAAAGAGAGCGCAGUCAGCAGGUGGAGUUCACUCCUGUAACUCACAGCUCACUCCUCAUUUGUUUUGAAUCUAUGUGAUUUAUGCCUUCGCAGAUAAACGGGAAGAUUUCCCUCUCUGAUUUAGACGAGCCGAUUAAAUUCAGGAGUUAGAGAGAAUUUGUCAGCUGAUCUGAUCAUCUCUGUGUUUCAUUAAAUCAUUUCCUGUUACAGUGUGACGAACAUUAACACUUCGAUCCCACGUGACACCAUUAAUAUUGUUUACAGUUUCUCAGGAACUAUACCGCGUAUCUCUACAGGAUAAGUGUUCAAAAGCUUACACUUUUGGCGAUCUAUCGAGGGUUUCCAGACAUUUCUACACCUGCCACAAGGUUUACAAUCCAGCCACAAAAACAGGUGUUCGAUCAGAGACGUUUGAUGGUAAAUCCGCAGUGAUAUACCGGUGAAAACAGGAUUAUUUAUCAGAUUGUUGUUAAAAAAAGAUCGCUAAAUGCCGCUUACGUCUUCCAGGUUUGACAAACUGUUUUGAUAACUUUCGACCAAUUACAUGGUCGCAUAUUCUGUCCAUAUUCUUAGUGAACCGGAUCCUAAAGAUUUACAAACUCCAUGUCCUCCCUCAGUCAAAUAAAUGCAGGUUUAUUUUAAUGUCUGUUUGAUCAGGUCCAAGCUCUGUGUCCCUCAUCUUUUCCUGCAAAGAUCAGUUCUAAGCUCUUUGACUCUCAUAUUUUCCUGCAAAGAUCAGGUCCAAGCUCUUUAACCCUCAUCUUUUCCUGCAAUGAUCAGUUCCAAGCUCUUUGACUCUCAUCUUUUCCUGCAAAGAUCAGUUCCAAGCUCUUUGACUCUCAUAUUUUCUUGCAAAGAUCAGGUCCAAGCUCUUUAACCCUCAUCUUCUCCUGCAAAGAUCAGUUCCAAGCUCUUUGACUCUCAUAUUUUCCUGCAAAGAUCAGUUCCAAGCUCUUUGAGCAAACUACUGUUGGUAUCAGUUUUAGUUUUAGUUUUUGGUUGACUUUGAUGGUUUUGAAUCUACUGUCAUAUUCAUUCUACAUCAUUUUUGCUCCAUAAACUGACAGCUGACCAAAAAUACCAAAAUACAGCUGGGAGUUCGAAGGGUUAACUCCGUUUUUAUGUUUUAGGUUCGUAACCUGAUGCUUAGCACCUCCGAGGAAACGCUCCAUCAGGAGUUUUCUCGUUUCAACCCGGGCUCUGUGGAGCGGGUCAAGAAGCUCACCGACUACGCCUUCAUUCAUUACCGCUGCCGUGAUGACGCCCUCGCCGCCAUGAGCCUCAUGAACGGCGCCUUUAUCGACGGAGCCUGCGUGGAGGUGUCGCUGGCCAAACCGGCCAGCAUCAGAGACGGCGGCGUUCCUUGGAGGAGGAGCAGUGGGAGGGGUUACCAGGGGAAUAGUGCCGAGUGUGGAGGAGGAGGAGGCGUGGGCGGGGCUUUCCUCCUGCACAGGGGUAAUGGAGCGAUGAUGGACAGGUGCUCCUCAGUCAGGAUGGCCCAGCCGCCACGUAUGGGAGGUUCCUUCUACAAGAGAGCAGGAGGUAAGGACGCAGUCUGACCUCUUUUUACUCGUACUUUUUAGUUUGUUUUCUCAGCCCAUCAAAGUUUGAAAACAAUUGAAGAAAAGUUUUAUUUUUUAAUGAACGUCUGUCCUCAAAAGUUCCACAUGCAGAAAGACUGGAUUUUAAUUUCCCACCCAACUGUAAAACAUGAAGGUUCUCCUCUCAUGACAGCUCCUCAUGAAGUCUAUCAGCUCUGUCCUCCUGAUCAAACGUCUCUACAUCUGAGAACAUGAAGAUAUUUGAGGAAAAGUUGGUUUGUGUUGGAAACUCUUAUCACAGUCGACACAGUCCUCCAAAAUAUCCCUGAGGGGUCAAACUUUCUCCGCUAAAGUCCACCUUCAAAAACCAGAACUUGGUCUAUCAGAGCUUCAAAACUCCUGAUUCAGACCCUGAAGGCCAACUCUGGUGCACCUCCUCCUUCUGAUGAAACACAGCCUCUCUCAAAUUUUCAAUUUCAAUGAGCUUUAUGGCAUGAUUGAUACAACAAUAUUGCCAACGCAUUUAAACACAAAAUUAUAACAAUAACAACGGAAAUAAUAAUAAUAUUAAUAAUAAUGAGAAUAAUAUUAAUACAAUAAUAAAUAAUAUAAUAAUUGAUAAUAAUAAAAAAAAUAUGAUGGUACGAAUAACAAAAAUAUGAAAACAAUAAUAAUGGUAAUGAAAAUAAUGAUAAUAAUUACAAUAAUAAUAUAAUAAUAAUAAUAAUAAUAGUAAUGAUAUUACAAUAAUGAUAAAAAUGAUAAUAUUAGUACAAUAACUAUAACCAUUUUUAAAUAAUGUUAAUUAUGAUAAUAAUAAUAAUAGCAAUAAUAAUUAUUAUACUUCUAAUAAUAAUGAUAAUGAUUAAAUAAUAAUAAGUAGGAUUAAAGUAUUUAUAAUAAAAUAAUAAUAAUGAUAAAGAUAAAAUUAUUAUAAUAAUAACAAUAAUAACAUAAUAAUAAUAAUAAUAAUAAUAACAAUAAUAAUAAAUGUUUAUGAUGAUGUUGAAAAUAAUAAGUAAUAAAUAAUGAUGAUAAUACUAAUAAUAAUUAUAAUAAUUCAAUCAUAACAGUUAGAAUAAUAUUGGUUAUAAUGAUGAAUCAAUAGUGUCAGUAUCAUCAUCACCCUCUCUCUCUCUCUCUCUCCCUCUCUCUCUCUGUCUGAUUGAACCGUUUUCUCAGUCCCCCCCCCCCCCCUAUUUCUGGCGUCUUUGUCUCAUCCAUUAUGAAACCACAUUCAUCAGGUCCACCUCUCAUAAUCACACACAGCUGCUGCUGCAGCUUCAGUCUCCUGACGCCCACAGACACUUCUGAAAAUGAAAAAAGUUAAACUCUCCUUCAGAUGGACCAUGAAUUAUUAAUGAAACCACUGUGGGGAGCAGCUCCUCCUGCUGAUAUGAGGAGAAGAGUGAAGGAUGGAGGAGGAAGAGGAGUUAUGGAGUUCUGAUGCACCCUGUGUGUGUGUGUGUGUGUUCAGACGAGGCAGACAAGUGUGUGUUCCCCCUCUGCCCCGGCACCGCCCUCACCCCCACCAGCCUGCUGUCACUCAAACAGAGUCAGAUCACCUCCGCCGUCAGUCUGCUCGAGUUCUGCUGCGGCAAAAACUUCUGCGCGCCGCCCGAGUACCACCUGUACUCCACGCCGGGUCAGGACGGGAGGCUGCUGCUGGUCUACAAGGUCCGACACACUCACACCGACACACAAAGACACACACGAGACAAAGACGGAGCAGUUCAUAUAACGGAGGACUCUCUGUGUUCAGGUGGUGAUCCCGUCCACGCGCAGCACCUACAUGCCAGACAAGCUGUGUCUGCUGCUGGACGACGCCAAAGAGCUGGCUGCUCAGACCACACUGUGGAACCUAGGUACUCUACACACACAUUAACACACACACGUUUUUGAGGGUCCGCAGGGCGUGACACUAACUUAUUUCACAUGUUCUCCUAAGUUGAAAAGUAAGGAGCACAAAGAACUUUAAAGGAACAAUGAAAAUUGAUCAAAUAAUGUUUGUCUUAUUGAUCGACCUUAUUACUAUUAUUAGAAAUCAAUUUUAGGUCUUUCGGUCACAUGACAGUGAAGCUAUUGAAGGAAAACAGCCUUUUCUGAGAACAUCAACUGGUAAUUUAUUGACGGUCCCUUAUUCAACACCGACGUUGACAGUGAGGGUGUCGAGGAGAUUUAACCGCGCUGCUGUUGUUAUUCCCGGUUAUGGAGAGUGAGAAGACAAUGUGGAGAAGGCAAUCUACCUUUUUCCGACUGCUCUGUGGGAUCGAGAAGCCUCUGGAUGUCAUAGAAACUUUCAGAGUUUAUGGCUGUAAGCUUCUGCUGGUCUCACGGAGAGAGUGGAUUUUACUUCAAGCUGAUUCUGUCGACACCACAGUGAGUUCGGACGUCUCCAGCUGCUCUCCAGCUACAGUCAUCAUUUAUUUACAUCCUCAGUGUCACUCCUUUGUCUCUUUAACGCGAACAACCUGCAGAGAAAGAGAAUUAAACCUCCACAGGAGACACAUGUCCUCCUCCUUUUAUAGACCUUUAUAAAGUCCAGAUUGAGCAGAGUCCUGAAUUACACAGAUUUUCAUGAAUCCUGGAGGUACAGCUGAACUCUCCUCCAUCCUGCCUUUUUCAAUCACAGCUGGUCCGUCCUGAAAAUAGAGCAGAAGUGGAUUUGCUUAAAUGUGUCUCCUGGGGUUUGGAGGCUAAACGUGGCAGCGAGUCAACCGUCCAUUCAGCCAACAGCAGAGUUAGAGUUUGAACUUCCAGGAGGCAGGUUUGUGUCACUCCUGGUCCUACCACCAGCUGGACUGGACUGGAUUGGAUAAAGAGGAGGGUUUUGGACAGGACACGUCACUUUAAAAGCAUAAAGGGGAAGCUGGACUGCCAUUUAAUCAGACUCUCUUACACCACAUCAAUUUUUCAUACCGCUCAAAGCUCCAGAGACAAACGAAGAUGACUGUCAGUGAUUGAGCUCAGCCCCUAAACCUGAAUAAUAAAAAUAACUCUGAUUUCUCCUCCUCACGGCCUCGAUCCUCGUCAAACAUCUCCUCUUCAUCAGUUUGCUGAUUUUUUAUGAAGGAGGAGGAAGAGGAAAAGCCUGUUCUGUCUGAGUGAAAGUCCCACUCUCACCUGUCCGGUCCACUUUGGUUCCUGGUUCUGAUUCUGUCGGUUCAGGUUUCCCACUGACCAAAGUGAAGAUGUGAUGAGACCUGAGUCUGAGUCUUGGACAGACUUUGACUCUCCUGAGAAGCUGUUUGUGGUUUCUCAGAGGAGAACCUGCUGCCUGAAGUUCUGACUCCUCCUCCUCCUCCUCUCUGACUCCUCCUCCUCUUCUCUUCCUCUCCUGCAGACUCAUCCAUCCUGAAUGGAGCGCUCGGCGACUCUCCCAGCAGCCUCUCACCCCCGCUCUCUAUCCCCUCGGCGGCCUCCAGUCCGGAGUUACUUGCCUGCGGCGGCAGAGCCUUCUCCCCCUACUCUCCUCCUCCUCUUCCUCCUCCUCCUCCUCCCCCUCAGGCCCCUUUCCCCUUCUCCUCCAUCCCCUCUCUGUCCCUGCCCACCCCCCCUUCCUCCCAGAGGCUCUACUUCAGCACCCCGUCCCCUUUCUACUGACGGUGAGACUCUCCAUGUUUGUCUAAAACUGGGAUCUGUGUGUGAAACCUUCAUCUUUAAAAGGAGCAGCAGGUGUCGACCUUUGAGUCCAGAAAAGUCCAGAAUAGCGGUCAGACAUCCUCUGAGAGUGGAAGACACUUUCCGAAAAAUCAGAAGAUCAUUGGAAAGUCUAUUUAUUUCCAUAAUUCCAUCCAAAGAGUUAAACUUUCAUGGGUUCUAUAUCUUCAGGGCCGACAAUUUCAAAGAUUUCAAGUAUUUAUUUGUUUAUUUUUACGUAAUUUGGGCUUCAGGCUCAUAAAACCCACGAAAACAGGAAUUAAAAGAAUUGAAUGUUGAAUGUUUAAAAUCAGUGUCAAACACUAAUCAUCUACUAAACUCAAAGUGCAGGCUUUUUCUGGGGUCCUUAACUACCAUAGUGCCUUUUUUUACUUAAAUCCUUUUGUUUUCGAAGUGAGUAACCCGGGUCAUCAGGGCUGGUCUCUGUGAUUUAAAGACUCUCUCUGUUUCUGCAGGAGGAUCUCUGUCCUGGAGCGUCUCAGAGGAGGACAGGCAGGACUGUUUUUGUUAUGAUUCGUUAUGUUUGUUAUGUUAUGAUGAGUGUUUUGUGUUCGAAAAGUUUUAUCUCUGGUUUGUGAAUAUUUUAGGAUCUUUUGUAUUUCAGUGUUGUAUUUAAAGUUCUGAAGUUUGUGCUAAG